AUGGUAACUGAGAAGAGCAAAAAGCCAAAGAGUAAAACAGCGGUAAAAAGACGCAAGGAUCCAAAUGCACCGAAGAAGCCCAUGUCUGGGUAUUUCAUUUUUGGGCAAGAGCAAAGAAAAAAGAAUGAGGAACUGAGUAAACUCCCUGUUGCAGAGCAAGGAAGAGCUAUUUCUGAGAUGUGGAAGAAGCUAACUGAUGAAGAAAGAGAAGAAUACAAUAAGAUAUCGAAUAAAGAGAGAGAAUUGUACCAAGCAAAGGUUGAGGAGUAUAAGAAAAGUGCAGAGUACCAUGAGUAUCUUGAAAAGGUUGCGGCUGAUGAGGAGGCAGCAGGAAAGAAGAAAAAGGGAGUCAAAAAAGUAACUGGAUACAAUGAGUUCUUCAAGGCUGUACGCAAAGCUGUUUCUGAGGAGAAUCCGAACUUCACGAUGAUGGAGACCACAUCUGCAGUUGCAAAGAGGUGGAAGGAGCUUAGUGAUGACGAGAAGGCGGUGUAUAACAAGAUCGCUGAAGAAAAGAAUGUGAAGGCAGGCCUGGUUGGAAGGUAA